CUCCUCCUUCUCGCGCAUUCAGCACCACGGACAAGCGAACAGCGCGCGAGCACCGGCGGAUACGGAAAUAUGCGCUAAUAAGAGGAAAUAAGAGGAAACCGUGCUCUAUUUCAGACGUCUCAACACCUAUUUUCCCAGCAUGCAUGGCGUUUAAGUUGCUCGCAAGCUCUAUAUAGGUGCAUGAUGAUGUUAUGAUGAUGAUGAUGAUGAUGAUAACGGACGCUUUCUUUUUUUCACGCCCCACUCCACCGUGCAACCGGACCGUUACACGGGGCUCGACAGCAUCACCGUGAAUCCGCCGCCGUCGUCUUCUGCUCCACCGCCAUCAGAGGAGAUGAAACCGGCGACGUCUGCACGUUUCAAGCGCGAAAACGUCCGAGCAGCGCCUCGUGCCGCGGUCUCCGGUUAGUGACAUGAAAACGCGGACUAGAAAGAAGGAAGAGGGCUGAAAAUGAAAGGGGGACACCUUUCAUGUGGAGCAUAAAGAAAUAAAUAAUUUAAAAAAAAAAAAACACCUUCAGAGACUAGUGAUGUGCAUUGCAAUCUUCAAAAAAAAAAAAAAAAAAAAAACACCACCAAAAACCCAAAACAAUGACGUAAGGAGGCUUUGAAGAUUCUAAGAUAGCUAUAUAUCUGGACGCAAAUGAUUUGCAUUGGCUGGAUUGUGUGAGUGCUGUGAAUCGUUUCAUUACCUACAACACACACACACACACACACACACACACACACACACACACACACACACACACACAAUCUCUCGCUCCUCUUGGAUUAUUAGCAUUUGCUAAAAAAUCUUGUAAAAAUCCAGCAGCGUGGCACCAACGCUACAGCAGCGGAGACCAGGAGGAACCCGGAGGUUCUGGAGAUGAUCAAGACACACCGCUACUAUCAGUGAUCGUCUGUUAAGCAUUAUCCGCAGGUUUCCACCGAACUGAGCUUCAGGAACGCUACAGGGACGCUCCGAGGAGACGUAACUUAAUGGAAUGGUCUUCUGCGAACCGUCGUGCACGCCGCUUCGUGAUCAUCUUCCACUACGAACGCUCGCGUCCCGGGAGAAACCCCUGUGAUCAUCCCAACCGUAACUAACCCACACUGAUGCGAGUUCUUUGGUCGCGCUCAAAGCGCGCCUCGCUACCAUGGGCUGUGUCCAGAGCUUCAGCUGCAAGUCGCGUGUCAAACGCGAGAACAUCAGCGUGUGCGACAUGUCGGCUACCAUCGACCAGUGCCCGACGGUGAUCGAGGAGAACUCGCCGAUAGUGCUGCGCUACAGGACGCCGUACUUCAAGGCCUCGGCCCGCGUGGUCAUGCCGCCCAUCCCUCGCCAUGAGACCUGGGUGGUUGGAUGGAUCCAGGCGUGCACUCAGAUGGAAUUCUACAACACGUACGGAGACAUCGGCAUGUCGAGCUGGGAGCUCCCGGAGCUGAGGGACGGCAUGGUGAGUGCGAUCAGCGACUCGGACGGAGUGAGCUACCCGUGGUACGGCAACACCACAGAGACAGUAACCAUCUCAGGCCCGACAUCCAAACCUUCACGCCUCAUUGUCAGCAUGAACGACAACUUCUACCCAAGCGUGACAUGGGCGGUGCCAGUGAGCGAGAACAACUCGCCGCUGCUCACGCACAUCACUCGUGACCAGAGCUUCACCACGUGGCUGGUGGCGCUCAACGUCGGCACGUGCGAGAAGAUCCUGCUGCAUACCAUCAAGUGGAGGAUGAAAGUGGACAUCGCCGUUGAUCCCAUGAUGCCUCUGGGCUCCAGGGCCAGGCUGGUUGGGCCUCUUCACCAGGACCAGCCCAAAAUCCUGACCCAAAUGGAACCCAUUCCCCAGAACGCCAUGGGCAAACCCAACGCGAAUGAUGCCCAGGUGCUCAUGUGGCGGCCCAGAAGGGGAACGCCGUUGGUUGUGAUCCCCUCGAAGUAGCUGGUUCAGGGAAAAGUAAGUGUGGAUAGAGGAUAGUCCUUUCCACUGAGUUGGUUUUUGACUCAACCCUUUUCAGGAAAUACAGUAUAUCUACAGCAGGGCAAGCGGAACGUGACAGCUGAGAGUUCUGUUGGUGAUAUAAUGAGCGCCCCAGCCCGAUUUGUAAGGCCUUGUCCACGCUAAUAUGGAUCCAUUUGAAAACGCAUAAGUUGUUUCCGUUGCUGUUUUGGCCUUCCAUCCUUCCAUCUUCACGUUUUAAUGUCAAUGUUCUUCUGAUCACAGUGCUGUUACCAAUCGUUCGUGAUGUACCAAACUUUUACUGAAUACCUGUAUCAGGGCCAAUACGGGUCUCAACCUCUGGAUUGCUAUUACAUUGGACCAUACAUACGUUAUAUGGCCAAAAGUAUGUGUACAUCUGAACAUCACAGCCAUGUGUGCUUUUGAACGUCCCGUUCCAGAUUUAUUCCUCCUUUUGCUUUUAUAACGCGCUCCUCUCUUUCCUCUACGAAGGCGUCCCACUAGAUUUUGGGGCGUGGCCGUGGGGAUCUGCGUCCGUUCAGCUACGAGAGCGUUAGUGAGGUCGGGGUCAGGUGCUGAUGUUGAUGUGAGGACGCUCCAGUUCCAGUUCAUCCCGAAGGUGUUCAGUGGGGAUGAGGUCAGGGCUCAAGUUCUUCUCGAGUUCUUCCAACUGUAACACACCAUGUCUUUCUGUACAGGGGCAAUGCCGUGCUGGAACGGGUUUGGGGCGUCUUAGUUCCGGUGACGGGAAAUUGUAACGCUACAGCGUACAGCGUACAGAGACAUUCUACACAAUUGCGUUCUUCCGACUUUGUGGCAACACUCUGGAGAAGAAACACGUAUUUCGGUGCGACGGUCGGGCGUUCACGUACGUUUGGCCAUACAGUGCACUUUUUCACUCUACUGAUAUAUUCUGCUCCAUAUUUUACCCCAUCAUGUUGAUUGACACAUCGCAGGUCUUGCAAGUGCCCACAGGACAUAAAUUGGACUCUGAAAGCAGAGUGCUGAUACUGGUAUAAUUUUAGAAUAUAGAAAAAGUUGGGUUAGUGCGUUACUUUCGACAGUGUGAUGGAUGUCAGAACCAGGAAAAUGGGAAUCUGUGCUAAUCGGCAAGGCGUUUUUUUCGGCUGCUCCAGAGCGGUACAACAGAACAGCAUUCACCUUAUCAAUAGGGCGUCUUAAGUCUUAAGAAUCUCACCGAUUUCACGGCCAUUCGUGGCCAGGAGCCCUACGGUCUGGCUGCUAGGGAUGGCACGCUCUCUCCCGGCUCUCGAUCAGAGUAAUGCUAAGCAAUCGGUAAGCUGAGUCCGUGAGCUCACGUAUGCUGAAGGGCGUAAACAGCGCUUGCCUUCAAGUGUUCCUGUGAUGUAGCGUGAGGAACAGUCCGAAAACAUGCAGUCGCUAGAUUAACAUGUCUUGGAAGAAGCACAUGCUAGCCUUCACCCUUCCUGGUCGGUAGCUGUUGUCUGAUCAUCAAGAACUAGCUAGUGGGUUGGAAUGGGCAAAAAUACAAAUUGAGAAAAUGGGGUUCAAAAAAAAACAACAACAGUCAGAUGAAAAACAAUGUAGAUGCACAACGUUGUGAUCCUGAGAACAAAGCUUUCAAAUGUAUCCAUCCAUAUUAGUGUGGCAACCAUUCCAGCGUUCUGGGGCCAAACUUUCUAGAACCACAGACAGGACCACUUGCCUUAAUUCCACACUACUGCCUUCGACUGGACAGAAGGGGCCGACGAGGCACGGAAACGCGACGUACGGACCGGUGAGCCGCCUUAAAACCAGCUCACAUCUGGAGUACCAGAGUACAGAACGGGAACGCGAUACCUGACGUGGGAAUUGUUCAGAAAAAAAAAAGAAAAGAAAAGAAAAAGGAUUGAUGAGUUGUGCUUUGAGGUUUGGUUCUCACUGUCGAUACGACUUCAUGACAGAAUGUAUUGAUUUGUAUUAGAACACGUUUUUUUUUUUUUCUCAAUAGAAAAGAUGAGAAGCCGUGAUGGAAAGCAUACAGGAUGGUGUCAGAGUGAGACGUUGUAAAAAAAAAGAAAAGAAAAGAAAAGAAAAUAAUACCCUGGCGCUCUAGGCCAAACUUUACACACGAGUCACAGCCUACCUUCUCUUUCAUCCGCUCAAACGAUUCUGCUAUGAUAUUGUAACUGAGAGGAAAGCUACGGUUCAGUUUCGGUGCUGUUCAGGAAAACCAGCAGAACCUUUUUAAGACAGUCCACGAUUGCACCGGUUUGAGACCUGAGCAGUAAAAUUAAUCACCGUAAAAGAUCGUACACGUUUUUUUUUUUUUUUUUUUUUUAAUCUCUUUUCCUUUAGAAUCCCCGAACUGUUUAAAUUUGAUUUCAGCACGGUUAUAGUGACUAAAAUGACACAGACCCGCCAACCCUCGCGUGUUCAACCUUCACGCCGAAAACGCCGAUCGAUAUAUCGAUCUGGGACGACCGGCACACGCGUAGGUGGUUUGAACUCUCUGAUUCAAACCGACACCCCUGGAAGCCCCGCCCCCUUCCUCCCGUCUCACGCAAGUAAGGUUUUGACCCGGCGCUCGCUCCUCGACUCGAUUUUCCUGCCAGAAAGAUGUACAGAUGUAGCAGUCCUGAUUUCUGUCAAGGGAAAUGGAGAAC